UUUGCGACAAGGUUCUCUUUUCUAAUUUAUACCAUAACUUUCUGAUGGUCUGUCAUCGUGACCAAUGGGUAAUUGCUUCCGGAGACAGCCAGCAAAGCGAUCGACCACCCAUUUUUGCUGCUGUGAUUUUUGUAAACUAUUUAAUUACAAUUUGAAACAAAACAUGUACAUAAAAAGCAAUAAUUAGAAAUUUUCAUGAUUCGAUGAUUUCUUUUGUUACGUUUGCAAAGUAAAAUAAGUGGAAAAAAAGACAAACGCGAACUUUUUCUGUAUUCGAAGUACAAGUAAUCAUUGAAUUUAGUUUGAAGUUGCAAUUCGUCUGGAAGAUCUUCCACGCAAAGUAAAAAAAAAUAUUUCGUGGACGGUUAGUGACGCGGUAAUGGGUCUGACGGAUACGAGUUUCGAGGUACUUUUGACCCUGUGGCGGGUUCUCGUCGUGGGAGUCGUGUGGACUGAAGAAGCUUGUGGUCACUGUAGCAGUGUCUUGUCGAGCCACAGCAUCGUCGUUCUCGUUCGUUAAUCAUUUCGGAGAGGUUAUUUGAACGGUGAGACAUGUCGUCAAGGGUGGUGAAAAAUCAUCCAAAGAUGAAUGGCGGCGUUGAUGGCAGGGAGACUUGGUCCGGCAAAGUUGACUUCCUCUUGUCUGUUAUUGGAUUUGCUGUCGACCUUGCCAAUGUUUGGAGAUUUCCUUAUCUAUGUUACAAAAAUGGCGGUGGGGCUUUUCUGGUUCCGUAUUGUAUAAUGUUGGUGGUAGGAGGAAUUCCGCUGUUUUACAUGGAACUUGCUCUGGGUCAGUUCAAUCGAAAAGGUGCGAUCACUUGUUGGGGUCGCCUGGUGCCACUUUUAAAAGGUAUUGGGUAUGCAGUGGUACUAAUUGCAUUCUACGUCGAUUUUUAUUACAAUGUGAUCAUUGCUUGGGCAUUGAGGUAUUUCUUCGCCUCAUUCUCCAGCCUUUUACCUUGGACCACUUGUGACAAUCCAUGGAAUACGCCACAUUGUCGAGCGUUUGACGCUAAUAUUUCUUAUACAUUCGACAAUAUGUUUGGUUCGCUCGAUUCGAUAGAAUCUAAUAAUUCCUCCCUAAUAGCCGAACAUUUGGGUAGAGAUUCAAAUCAAGGCUACAACAAUACGUGGUACACGAGCGCUGCUCAAGAAUAUUUCAAUCGAGCUAUUCUGGAGCUUCACGAAAGCGAAGGUUUACACGAUCUUGGGACAAUUAAAUGGGAUAUUGCGUUAUGUCUGCUGGUAGUCUAUCUGAUUUGUUACUUCUCUUUGUGGAAGGGCAUUUCUACUUCUGGCAAGGUGGUUUGGUUUACGGCUCUAUUUCCUUAUGCUGUUUUACUGAUCCUACUUAUACGAGGCGUCACGUUGCCAGGAAGUCUGGAAGGAAUACGCUACUACCUUAAUCCGAAUUUUUCUGCUAUAACAAAAGCUGAGGUGUGGGUGGAUGCCGCAACGCAGGUGUUCUUCUCUCUCGGACCGGGUUUUGGGGUGCUUUUGGCUUAUGCAAGUUAUAAUAAAUAUCACAACAACGUUUACAAGGACGCUUUAUUAACCAGUUUGAUAAACAGCGCAACAUCGUUCGUCGCUGGUUUUGUGAUUUUUUCUGUACUAGGGUACAUGGCUCGAGCAAGUGGAAAGUCCAUUCAGGAUGUAGCGACUGAAGGACCUGGUCUAGUGUUUAUCGUUUAUCCUGCUGCUAUCGCUACUAUGCCUGGAUCGAUGUUUUGGGCGCUUAUCUUUUUUAUGAUGUUGCUUACGUUGGGGUUGGAUAGCUCGUUCGGGGGCUCUGAAGCGAUAAUAACUGCUCUUAGCGAUGAGUUUCUAAUUAUCGGGAAUAAUCGCGAAAUUUUCGUCGCUUCGCUUUUCACGCUAUACUUCCUCGUUGGUUUAGCCUCGUGUUCCCAGGGUGGCUUUUACUUUUUCCACUUAUUGGACCGAUACGCAGCUGGCUACUCGAUGUUGUUUGCAGUUUUGGCGGAGGCGAUCGCUGUUAGUUGGAUCUACGGGGUAGAUAGAUUUUGCGCAGAUAUUAAAGAUAUGAUUGGGUUUUCACCUGGAAUCUACUGGAGAGUCUGCUGGAAAUUCGUUGCUCCGAUAUUUCUCAUGUUUAUCAUCGUUUACGGUUUAAUGGGUUAUGAACCACUGACUUAUGAGGAUUACGUGUACCCUGUCUGGGCAAAUGUAUUAGGCUGGUUAAUUGCGACUUCCUCAAUUGCCAUGAUACCCGGCAUCGCAAUUUAUAAGAUCGUCGUCACGCCCGGCAGUUUCAUUCAGAGAUUGAAAAUUCUGACCACUCCCUGGAGAGAUACUCAACAAAGAAACGCAGAUCUAUCCUCGGUGGUGAACGGUGCGGUUCGUCGUAGUUUUAUCGCAGAUCAGGAUCUAAACGUAACAAAGGAACAACAAGAUUUGACCAAAGAACAAACAGAAGUGAUGAUCCAAUCCAGAGAAGGUGUUAACGGAGAUCCACCUCCGGAGCCAGUCUAGGACAGUGCGGUUGUGAUUUUGCACGGUGCCCGGUUCCAAGUAUAUCUUUGCUAAUAUUCUAUCGUGGAAAUAUAGUUUUAUUCAAAAUUAUUUCCACUCAAUCACUAAGAUUUCGAACGCACCCACUUAGAUUUUACGAUAAAAGUCCUUUCGUAUUCAUUCUUUACUCUCUGAAUGACGAGGUUUCCAAAUUUGGCGUACUUUUGUGGCGUUGAACUUUUGAAAUUCCUUGGACAACAGAAAAGGAGCUUUCCUUAACGGGACGCGAUUUAUUUACGAGAAAUUUCCGAAACAGACAUUCCGAUGUCUCCUGUGAAUCGUGUUAAGCUCCGUCGUGUUUUCGAUUGUUUCAUACCCACACUAGUCUUUUAAUGCACUUGACUCUUUUCUUACCAAUAAUAACGCUAUAGAAUAUCUGUAGUAAAUGUAUUUUGGUAUCCGAAUACGUGUAGAGAUUAUCGUAUUUUCGUAUAUAUAUUAUUUGCAGCAUACAAACUUCAAACGAAACACAAUUUAAAGGUAGAAGGCAGGAAGAAUUUAAAUUUGAUUAUGAACAUGAAGAUGAUAAAAUUGAGUGCACAGAAGGAAUAAUUUUCUUCGACAACCUUUUUUUUGAAAUAUAUCAAUCUCACAAUGUAUUAUUAUACAUAUAUGUUACGGACAAAAAUCUGAAAAGACAAAACGCAUUUUAAUCGGUUAAAAUGCCGAAUCGUUAAAUCUCUUAGACAAUAUUUGUUAUACACAAAUAAUCGAGAAAUUCUUCCUUAGGUUUGCAGAAGCACUCAAAAUAUUGGAGGAAAUAAGAACAGCUUCUUUAUUUUCAUUAUAAUCUUUUGGUUGAUUCACUAUUAUGCUUUACGCAUUUUGUUCAGUCACAACGCGAUUCUACUUACUUUUUAUGUUAUCUGUAGCAUAUAUGUAACUUUUACCUAGAUAAUUUUUAAAACAAAUUUAGAAAUUUCCUAAAGUGUUCAAAAGAACACAUUGCAAAUGUAAAACAUAGCCCAAUCUGUAAAUAUUAUAGGCUUCAUGAAAUUUCCUCGAUAAAUUCGUUAAAUAGAUCAUGAAUAUUAUUCUAGAUCUAGUAAGUUCAAGGCUGUAAUUAUCUGAAGCAAGGAAAUUUCUUGAGUAGCUUUAACAUUCAAUGAAACUUAAUCUUUGAUUAAGAAUGUUUCGAAGAAACAAAGACGAAGAAAAGUUAGAGUCUUCGUUACAUAAACGUUAAAUCUAUAAAAUAUAAAAUAUAUAAAUAUAUAAAAUAAACAUAAAUACAUAAUUGAUAAAGAAAGAGAAAUGAUUAAAUGAUUAAAUAGAAUUUAUAGAGUAUAUUUCAUUCGUGGAGUUGCCAAUUUUAUCGUCCUUUGGAAGAAAAAGUUUCUAGUAUCUUAACUAGUAUCUUAACGCGUCUUAACUUUCGUUGUAUUCUGAUUGACAAUAUUAAUUCUGCGGGCAUAGAAAGAUAUUCUAUAAGGUUAAGUGAAAAUUUCACGAUGAAACUUCGAUACUACUUUCCUAUAAAUUUAAAUACUCUUUAAAUUUGAUGAACCAAAAUUAAAUUUUAAGCUGGUACACAUGUACGAUGUAAAUAAUAUAAAUCUGGAAAGCGUAUCGCUAACAAGUUUUCAGAGAAAAAUCUAUAGAAUACAAAUUUAUUCUUAUCCAAGGGGUUUAGUGGAAAAAUGAUACGAGUACACUUUUUUUCUGAAAAUAAAAUAAAUCUAAAAAGGGAUACGUGGUAUCUUCAUUUAUAUAAAGGACUUUGUUUAUUAAAUUUCCAAGGCUUUAUAAAUAUGUACGGCAUCAUUAUAAUACAUUUUAAUACAUUUUAAUUUAUAAUCUGUAGUUAUUAAAUUUAUAGUAUUAAAAGAUGCUGUCAUUUGUAUCAUUUUUCUUCUGAGCCCCUUAUUUGUUAAUAAAGGAUUAACACACGUUUUACAUAAAUAAAGCGUUAAAGAAGUAAUCUGUUCGCAGAUCCAACUAUCUCCAUUUGAUUAUUCGAAUGCUCUUACUUCGUCUGGUUCGACCGGACGUAUAUGCUGUGUAGACUAUACGCGAAUUAUAAUCACCGAUCAGGUGUAAAAUUUUACAUUAAAGAAUAGUGAAUUUCAAGCGUUAUCGAGAAAAUGUGUCAUCGUUAAGAAGCAACCGCGCUUUUACCCAUACAAUAUUUAGUACAGUCCAAUACUCGUAUAGAUCUGGACCAUUAAACACGUAAAAUGCCAUAAAUUUAUGAUUAAAGUAACAAUAAUUUAUUUGGAAAGUGGGUUACAUAUAACUGACAGCAGCAAAUUACGUUACGCUAGAAUAUAUAUUAUUAAACUGCGAUUAUUUAUAUAAAUUCAUAUUUUUUAUGAACAGAACUAAAAGAAUAGGUACUAAAUACGGAUUUGUUUCAUCUUCGAAAUGCACUUUACUUCAGAUAUUUUAUAUUUGGAUAUUUUUAUAUUUUUAUUUUUGGAUUUCUAUAUUUGGAUAUUUUUAUAUUUUUAUUUUUGGAUUUUUAUAUUUGGAUAUUUAAAUAUUAUAUGUAUUUUGUGCAUUUUUGCCAGCUCGCAUUUCUCAUAAAUCCAUUAAUAUCUGCAGUCUAUACGUAAUGUGUCUCAUUCCUGAGUGCUUUUUCCUUAUACGCGGGUCAAUCGCUUAUGAUUGUUAAUUUCUAAACAUUGUUGGUAUUUAUCGUUAUUUUGAUUUUUUGAAAUAUUAUUAUUUCUUAUGAAACUAUUUCCUUUUAUUUUCUUUGCUCGAUCAGUAUUAUAAAAAAAGAUAAAGAUGUUAUAAUGUAAUAUUAUACAAUUACUUAACCCUUCUAUCAUAACAUUACUAUUCCAAACAAAAAUAUCUAUCGAAUAAUUCUUUAGAGUAAUUUUCUGUAGACUUUGUCUCUUUAUAUAGAAAUGUUAAUUUGUACAAAGUUACGUUUGUCUAUCUUCAUAAAGGCGAGAAUCGACGAUACGGUAAAUAACUGAGUAUGUUAAGUAUUUAAGAAAUUAUCGUCGUAAACUUGUUAGAAAAUAUUCUCUAUGUGCAGAUACACAUAUAUGUACCAUAUAGUUCAUAGUUAUUGUUGUUAGAUACAAUGGUACGUAUGUAUGUAUAUUUAUACGCAUAUACAUAUAUACACAUAUAUACAGGGGGAACCGUCAAAGAUAAAAUUUCCAAAUGUCUUCUUUAACUAUGAACAUUUGAGAAAACGUCCUAAACGAUUCGAAGAAUUUUCCGAAGUGAAAUUGACCUAAAAACUUUGUAAUUCUUUUGUGUAAAGAAUAGAUCGACAAAUGUUUCGUUUAUAUUCUUCGAUUUGUAAAUUAACGUGAAAAGAUCGUCAUAAACUACAAAAAUUACCUACAUAAUUUCAAGAUGUUUAGUAAAAUAAAGAUUUUGAAAAAGAUUGUUUUAAGACAAUUCGUUCGUAUUCGUGUUUCGAAAACGUAGGAAUUGUAUCGUCGACAUGUUUUAGGUUCUCGAUAAUCAAGAAAAUUAUUCGAAUGUUCCGUUUAAGACAAACUUUCCUGUCCGUAUAUAAUUGUAUGUUAUAUUUUAUACAUCGCAUCCGAGUUGUAACCACAGCCAUAGGUAGCAGCUCGGGCCUUGUUAAUACAAUAAAUAAAUAAAUAAAUAUUCACAAAAGAGA